AUGAUAAGUUCACGUGGUGUGGAUGGUGAAGAUGUGCAUUGUACGAUGCCUUCUGAGUUUGAAGUGUCCAGCUUGGUUGCAACAACUGAACUUGAUCUCAAGGAACGCUUAAGGACAAUUCGUCCUAUACCUGAUAUGGACGAGUCAUCAGGACAGGAAGGCGCUGAGCUCUCAAAAACACCUAUUGUUUUGAAGAGUGGGGACUGGUUUCUUAAGAUUGUACCAUGGAUUGGCGGCCGUAUUAUUUCGAUGACUCAUCUUCCUUCUGAUUCCCAGUGGCUGCAUAGCAGAAUUGAAAUUCAUGGUUAUGAGGAGUACAGUGGGACUGAAUAUAUGUCUGCUGGCUGCACAGAAGAGUACAAGAUCAUUAGGGGGCAUCUGGAGCAAUCAUGCGUGGAGGAAUCUAUUUGUCUGGAAGGAGAUAUUGGGGGUGGACUGGUUCUUCAACGCCACAUAUCUAUUCUGAAAGGCAAUCCCAAGAUUUUCCAGAUUGACUCUAGCAUUCAAGCAAGAAGUGUUGGGCCUGGCUCUGGUGGAUUCUCAAGGUUGGUCUGUUUGCGAGUCCGUCCCACUUUUACGCUUCUACACCCUACUGCGGCCGUUGUUGCUUUCACGGCCAUCAAUGGUUCAACGCAAGAGAUCUCUUUAGAUUCCGGAGAAGUGACACUCGAGGGAGGCCUCCGACCGAACGGGGAGUGGACGCUGGUGGAUAAGUGUUCAGGACUGAGCAUGGUAAACCGUUUCGAUCACCGUCAGGUUAGCAAAUGUUUGGUGCAUUGGGGAACUAGUGAUCUGAAGAUGGAGCUCUGGUCUGAUGAGAGGCCAGUUUCGGAAGACACGCCGUUGAGGAUCUGCCACCAGUAUGAGGUGACACAAACAUGA